AUGCUCGCCCUAAUCCAUUCAACAACAAUAGGACAGUGUUGGUUCAAAGCAUUUCUAAAAAGACAGCCACCUACUAGACAACGAACAAGCGAACCAGUUAGUGCGGCAAGUGCUUGUGUGGCAGAAAAGGAUAUACGGAACUGGUUCACCGAUAUAAAAAAGUACCUGGAUUCAAAGAAUAUUAGCAUGGAAGAUCCUUCGAGAGUCUACAAUUGCGACGAAACGGGCUUUCAAGUUUGCCCGAAUACGGGUAUAGUUUACGAUGCAACAGUUGAGAAGGACACCACUUUUCCGAUUGUGCUAUUUUUAGAUGGUCAUAAGUCACACCUGACAUAUGAACUGAGUCUACUUUGUAAUGAUCUCAACAUCGAAGUGAUAGCUUUCUACCAUAAUGCUACAAGGAUCCUUAAACCAUGCGAUGUGGCGGUAUUUAGACCUAUUCAGAUGGGAUGGAAAAAAGCUGGAAUUUAACGAGAAAACAAACUCAGUUUUGCUCCACUACUAGAAAAUGUUGUAAAAAAAUAUCGUGAAGUCAGAAACUCUGGUCAAUGAAUUCCGUGCAUGUGGCCUAUUUCCCUUGAAUCCAGAUGCAGUUGACUAUAGUGUCUGGGGAAGGAAAACGUUCCACAAAAUACAUUAGUAGAUAUGCAAUCACCAAGUAUGGAUCAAAAAUCGUUUAUGGGAGAACACAUGAUUGCAAA